AGCACCCCACCGCCGCGCAGCAAACAACCAAAAUGCCCAAAUGCCACGCAAGUAGUGGAGCCUCCCAUCGUACCCCUCCCACACCCCAAGCCCUCUGUGUCUAAUGUGGAGCAGGUCCGGAGCAGCAAGGACCCCGCCCAAGGACAGAACGGCCCAACAGCCCAGACCCGAAGGUCGGCCCACCCCCAGGAGGCAAUGCCACUCAGGCCAGGUCAGGCCAGAAGACCCCCACCCCCGCGCCCUUCCCUCCCUAGCAGCGAAGCAUCCCACACACAAAUCCCCACCGUCCCCAAAGAAAAGAGACAGCAAUCACCCCGCGACAGCAGCAACAGCCCCUCAGCCCUAGGGAGUCAGCAGAUGCACCUAGCCCCUAGGACUCAACACGACCACAAUCCAGAGGGCCGCGACGCGACUGCGAAGCAACCAUCGACACACCCCAAAGCACAAUCCCUCCAUACACAGGAUCCCGGCACAACCACCAAGCAUCCAGUCCGGGCACUAAAAUCCAGAGGAGACACCCCCCAACCAACUCAAAAAGGACCAGCCCGCACCCCCAACCCACCCCGACACACAGAGAGGCAGCCAAGCACCGAGCGCCACAACAUCCGCACAGCGCGCGAGUCAAAAUCACCACCCUCGCACCGAUACCAACAACCGCGCGACACCCAAGCAGAGUGGCUACCCACCCCGCAGCAACGGCACGCCGAAUACAGGGCAAACACCGGUCCCCCCGUCAAGCCCGCACCCUAG